AUGGAAGCCUUUCCUGAGGACUACAUUGCCCACAAUCUACCUCUGAUCCUGUUGUCGGGCAUCGGCCAUGGCGAACAGGCGGCAUCAUCAGACUCAACAGAGCGCUCUCGCAACCUUCUACAGGAGGGUGGAUUCAGGAUUCGAACCGACGUACCACCUCUGACAGACUCAGCUUCAGAAGAUCUUCUCCAGACAUUUCUAAGAUUUGACUCGACGAACCGUAUCUCUGAGCGCAAGGAUGUAUCAGUAAAGGAUAAACCUGGAGCAUUCAACAUCAAGAGAGUCGGGCGGGCUUAUGCUCUGCCUCCUCGGAAAGCAUCACCUCCACCCCAUGCGCCGAGACUAGGUCCUCUAUCAGACGGUGGCAGCCCCCCACCGCCGCUGGCUCUUCAUUCCACCAUCUCACCAUUGACACCAAGCUCUCCACUCUACCCGGAUGGGAUUUUCACUUCCCUAUGGAUCACAAAACAUCAAAGUCGUCUUCCCGCAGUCUUCAUAACCUUCUUCACUUUGACAGCAGAUCCAAACACAAGCUCCCUUCGUGACAAUCAGAUCAAAACAGAGAUUGCCAACAUUCGAGGCGUCUUCUAUUCCACGAAUUACAAGACAAAGGUGGUGGUGAUAUUGAUUGGAGAAGCCGAUACGGACUCCCCACUUGACCUGGAAGAACGGCUCAGCAGCAUCAGAAAGGCUACCGGCUUUGACUCUAGACACUUGGUCUUCUACCAACCUGAAUCUUCCAGGGAUGCUGUGAUUGAGUUCGUGAAGAGUUUUCUAGCUUCUCUACAGCCGUUUUGUGUGGAAUACUACCGUGAUCUCUCGAAGCAUACAAGGAGAAAGAGAAACAGAACGACAAUCCCGCCUCCAACUAUACCUCCUACGUUGGGAACGUCCCAGACAUUACCAUCACAAGCCUGGAAUGUUCGCUAUGAAUUCAAGCUGGGUGUCUUCGCAGAGUUUAGGCAAGAGAUGGAUGCGGCAUGCCGAAAUUACGAAAGUGCAUAUGAAGGUUUAUUCUCGCAUGAAAUCUUCGAGACGAUCUCAAGUUGGAGCCCGCGGUUCAAUGAAGCGAGACUACUGGCGGACGCGAUCGCUAUACGCAUACUCAGAUGUCUCCUGUGGACUGCACAGCCUACUAGCGCUGCCAGAUUCUGGAUCAAACAUCGCCACAGAGUAAGGAGUUUGGUGGACCGUAGAGGCAAAGGGUCUGGGAACUAUGGAUGGGAAGCAUGGGAGGCUAUUUGGUGCAAAUCUUUCGCUCAAAUACUGGCCAUGACUAGAAAUCUGGAAAUCUCGCCUUCUGGCUCGGUAGAAAGUCAGCAAGUCAAUGCACAAUUCUCCCCCCCUGAAAAGUCGAUACCUAUCGGUGAACGGAUUGCACCAUGGGAAUUGCUGCAUCAUGGUGGUUAUUGGUGGAAUAGGGCGUGGAAGCACGUUCGUAAACGUCGGGCGCUGGCCUCUCAGAUGCCGGAAGAGGAUCGGACAUCACCAGGCCAAUCGCCAGCUUCAGCCAUAGCGAAUAGAUCACAUCUGUACGAGACUUACCUUGCCCUUGAGCCGCAUCUUGAAUAUCCGAUCGACAACAAGAAUGGAUAUGACUACUCACUGGAAGUAUUGAAUAUCAUUCGCUCAUCAAUACACAGCUUCUCUAAACGUCAUCAAGAACGAUUUGUAGAGCAGUUACGCCUCGAAGAGGCUAAGGAAUGUCUAAGAGAGGAACGGUGGGACGAUGCUCUUUUGAUAAUGCGCUCAGUCUGGCCAUGUCUUUCCUGGAGACGAGCCGGCUGGUGGAAUAUGGUCGUCGAGGCAGCUUGGAUCUUAAGGAAAGCUGCCAAGCAGACAGCCGAUGCCGACAGCCUUCUUCGAUUAGAGUGGGAGUCUCGCAACUCAGUCUUUCCAAUCCAUCCUGAGUUGAAGCACAACUUCCACAGUUGCCUUGACGACCUAGAUCCACCAGCUUCAAAGCCGAGCGUGGUCAUCAUAUCUGAAGAUACUCUGUCACCGGUCUGGGCGUCUCUACAUUUUGCAACAGCAGAAGGCAAUGUUGGUGAGUCUUUGAAGACUCAGUUAGUCCUAGUUUCUACUGCACGCCGACCCUCAGGGCCUAUCCAUCUCUCCGAAGUCAAAAUCGUGUUCGAAGGAGGUUUACGGCCAGUCAGAGUGUUGUCGGAUGAUAGCGAGACCCAAACUCAAGCCUCGACAACAGUUGUAGCGGAUAUACGCCUGAGCGAGUCAUCCUCACUGGUGGCCAACUCUGCUGUACAAUCACCAACAAGUGGGCUGGCUUCGCUUUUUGGGAUGGCGAACAUUACAAUUCAACCUGGUGAAAGGAAAGUGUUCAACAUAGUUUGUGUCCCUCGCGAGGCAGGCGACGUCAAGGUGUCAUCCAUUAAUUUACUGUGCGAGACAAGCGCUUUCAGCCUCACCUAUGUCAUCAAUCAGCAGAUCACUUCAGAUGCAAGAUGGUGGUCUGUGCAAGACACGCGACCUUUUUCUCGACAGCUACGUCGUGAGACUGAUGCAAGUACUGUGAGAAUAUUGCCCAAGCCUCCUAAAUUGUGUAUUGAGAUGCCAAAUCUAAGGCGAGCAUAUUACAUGAAUGAGAAAAUUUCUCUGGCCGUCUUAAUUCGGAACGAGGAAGAAGAGACGGCUGAUGUGUCGAUCACAGCUAGAUUACUGAGUCCGUCGCGAAACGAGGCGGUCAUUAGCUGGCAGGGCGAGAGCGAGUCAGGUUCCUCGGGCGCUGUAUUGAAUGAAAAAGAUGCGUCUUCGAGACAUAUUGUGUCGCUUCCCCGCCAUUCAAUUGGCCUUAUACCAAGUGCUGAUAGUCGCGGCUUGACGCUCAACAUGAUGCACACACUGAAUGCAAUGCAACACCAGCUGGAACUGGCAGCCACCUACCAUCUUGUGGAUGACCCGGAGGCUCCACUGACCAGGACUCUCACUGUCGACCUGCCCAUCAGCCGUCCAUUCGAAGCCAACUAUGAGCUCAUGCCACGGUUGGACUCCGCACCAUGGCCGAGCUUCUUCGAUCCAGGAAGUAUAGGCAAAGGUCUCUCCCAGCGGUUCUUGCUCAUCUCAAAGAUUGCUUCUUUUGUCAUAGAGCCGGUGAUUGUUGACACUGCUGUUCUUCGCCUUCAGGAAAUCUUAGGCAAUGCCAUCUGCAAUAUUGAUGAUGAGAAAAGUGUCACUGCAAACCAGAGCUCCGGCCAUGCUCACGAAGCUGACGGGAUCAUCGCGCCAGAGGGGCUAAGAGAAUCCAACUUUGAGUUGGUUGUCCAAGAAAAUGCCCUUGGUGACCCACACAGUGUUGCGCUCAACCUGGAUCUCGUCAUUCGGUGGCGGCGCAGCCCAGAGGAUGACCUUGUCACGACCCCGCUGGAAGUGCCGCGAUAUGUUAUUCCAAUGUCUGAGCCCAGAGUUCUCCUGAGCAAGAGAAGCGAGACCACCAAGAAACAAUCUGGUCUAGUGCACUUACAGUAUACGAUCGAGAACCCUAGCAUGCACUACUUGACAUUCAACUUGACAAUGGAAUCUAGUGAUGAAUUUGCAUUCAGUGGUCCGAAAGCUACCAUUUUUUCACUGGUACCUAUAAGCCGCCGGACUCUAGAUUACCGGAUACUCGCAUACCAUGGAACGAAGUGGGUGCGGGCGACGUCAUACUUCUCACAGCAAAGGCCGUUGUCAAUAAAUUUCCGACAAAGUGACAUCUCAAUCCACUAUAUCUGUGCAGAUCCAUACUUGUAUGCCAUGGACAAGCUCCAAGAUACCAAAGUCCCGUUUGUUAGCGGCGAGAAAACCGGCUUGAUAGAUCUCUCACAGCCUAGCUUGUUCAUAUCUGCGGCUUCGAUCGCUUUCAAUCCGAUCUUUUGGAAUGUCGUUGCCAGACAGGAAUACCACAACCACGUUCUGACCAAGAUCUUUCGUUCUCCCUACUACGGAUGCUACGCCCUUGCUGUGACCAUCUUUGGGCUAGGUGUCUUUAGAGACCAUCUCUAUAAUGAAGCGCUUUCCAAACAACCUAUCUAUCCACCCAUUCAUCAACCCUACAUCGCUUAUGGCCUUCUCGCCGCGGGCAAUCUGCUCGUGCUUUCGAGCAUGUGGGUACUGGGGGUCACAGGCACAUAUCUAGGUGACUACUUUGGGAUCCUGAUGGACGAAAAAGUCGGGGGCUUCCCCUUCAACGUCACGGGAGCACCGAUGUACUGGGGUAGCACUUGCUCUUUCUUGGGGGUUGCCCUGCUACGCGGAAGGGUGGCAGGUCUGUUGCUGACCGCCGAGGUGUUUGUGAUGUACCUCAUUGCCUUGAAAUACGAAGAUCCCUUCACUGAGAAUAUUUACGCGCAGAAGGAUAAAAGGGAAAAGUCGAAGAAGAGGGCAUAA